UUCGCGGGAGAUGUCAAUUCUGUGAAAUCACAUGAAGAAUAGUCAGUGCGGUCUUCAAAUCCCACUAUUUCUUCAUAUUAAUAGCAUAUUCCAGCUUUAGUUACAGGCAGGCCGCUACUGAGGCACAGCUAUGUUCUCCGACACCAUUCAGCAGAAAGAUUCGACACUCCUCCAGCCACCGCCUGGGUCCGAGCACCAGUCAUUUCAGCGCGAGCAGCUGUCAUACAAAGGUUGCUCUGAACGCUUUCGGCUGGGCGAGCGCAGCUUCAGUCGACAGUAUGCACACAUCUACGCCACUCGGCUCAUGCAGAUGCGCGACAUCCUCAUCAGAAGAGCGAAGCAAAAGUGGGGAGAGUCUGUGCAGAUCCGGAAGUUGUGUGACCUGCCAAUGGGAGAGCACUGUGUGAUCGUGGGGACAAUCUUUAAACACAUGGAGCUUCAGCCUUCCAUCCUAAAGGAAAUCAGUGAGGAGCACAACCUUCUACCUCAGCCUGCUCGCGUGAAAUACAUCAGCCAAUCAGACGAGCUCAUCCUGGAGGACGAGCUGCAGCGAAUCAAGCUGGAAGGAAACGUUGACGUUGCCAAAUUUGUCACAGGCAGCGUGGUGGCCAUCAGGGGUGCAGAGAAGAACGAUGGCAAGUUCACAGUGGAGGACUACUGCACCGCAGACCUGCCUGCUCAGACACCCAGGAAGGUCCCAGAGGCAGAUAGGUUUGUGCUGCUGGCCUCAGGUCUAGGCCUGGGCAGCACAGGAGCGGACAGCAUGCUCGGCCUCCAGCUCCUGGUGGACAUGGUCACCGGUCACCUGGGUGACGAGGGAGAGCAGAGUGGGGCGGCGGCCAUCUCGCGUGUGCUGCUGGCUGGCAACCUCCUGAGCCAGACCACCCAGGACAAAGACGCCAACACUAAGGCCAAGUAUCUGACCAAGAAAACCCAGGCAGGCAGUGUGGAGGCCAUUCGACUGCUGGACGAGCUGCUGGUUCAGCUCGUGGCCUCCAUACCUGUUGACGUGAUGCCGGGCCAGUACGACCCCACCAACUACACGCUGCCACAGCAGCCGCUGCACCGCUGCAUGUUCCCCCUCUCCACCUCCUACCCCACCCUGCAGCUGGUCAGCAACCCUUACCAAGCCUGUGUCGACGGCGUGCGCUUCCUGGGCACGUCCGGUCAGAACGUGGGUGACAUAGUGAAGUACAGCAGCAUGGAUGAUCACCUGGAAGUUCUGGAGACCACGCUCCGCCUCAGACACCUGGCUCCCACCGCUCCUGACACACUCGGCUGCUAUCCGUUUUAUCAGAACGACCCCUUCAUCCUGGAGGACUGUCCUCAUAUCUACUUCACUGGAAACGCCCCCACAUAUCAGUCAAAGCGCAUCACCGGUCCCGAGGGUCAGGAGGUCCUCCUGGUGGCCGUGCCGGAGUUCAGCAGCACCCAGACGGCCUGCCUGGUCAACCUGCGCACCCUGGAGUGUGAGCCAGUCAGCUUCUCCGCUUUCUCUGACGAUGACGAAGACUCCGAGAUGAAUGUCAGCCACUGACGUACCAGUGUUGUUUUUUUCCAUCAAAACUAAACAAAAAAAAGGGUCGUAGGACGAAUAUAAACGUUGUAAUACCAAGAUAUGAAUUAUUUCUUACCACCAUAUCAAUUUUCGCGUAUGACAAUAGGGAUUGUCUCGCUGCAAAAUAUGAAUUGACCUAACUGUGGAUCUAGGUUAGGUGCUCCUGGAAAGAUUGCGUCUGGACUUCCAUCUGUGCUGGUUCAGACUUUUCACCACCAGUAGGCUGGCUGCCAGCAGUUGCAGUGUGUGUGUGUGUGUGUGUGUGUGUGUGUGUGUGUGUGUGUGUGUGUGUGUGUGUGCGUGCGUGCGUGCGUGCGUGCGUGCGUGCGUGCGUGCGUGCGUGCGUGCGUGCGUGCGUGCGUGCGUUCGUGCGUGCGUGCGCAUUUGCCCUCAGAUUGUUCCUGUUCCAUGGUCAAAUAUUUUGACAUUUGAAAAACCAUGUGGGGCACUUCACCAUGUUGAGCACUAUCAUGACAUGAAAUGUAUGUUACAGUUCUGUUACUCCACCACCUGGUAAACGACAACAAACAUUUAUGAACCUGUUUGUGGGUUUGAAUUUUUUUCAAUUUGUGAAUAACUGAAGGUGGGCAGCAUUAUGUAAUGUAAACAAAGCCUUUAUUAGAUGGAAAGUUAAAGUCCUUGACCUCAGUUACACGUGAAGGGGUCCUCUGACACAGUUCAGUGCAACCUCCCCUCAGUAGGAGCUGGAGCAGUCGCCUCACAUGACUGAUGAUGAGUGUAUAAUGUAAAUAAUAAUAAAAACACCUUUUUUGUAACUACA